AUGAAGUUCACCGCUGUCCUCCUCAUGGCUGCUGGCGCCCUCGCCGCACCCAUCGUCGAACGUCAAGUCUCUGGCACACCUCCAGUUGGCAUCCCACCCUUCCCCACUGGUCCCCUCCCAACGCCCUCAGGAGGCUUCCCGGGCUUCCCCACUGGUGGCUUCCCAUCUGGAGCACCACCGUUGCCCACUGGUGGUUUUCCAGGCUUUCCUAGCGGAGCACCUCCAUUCCCCACCGGUGGCUUCCCUGGCUUCCCAAGCGGCGCGCCUCCGCUCCCAACUGGAGGUUUCCCUGGCCUCCCCAGUGGUGGUCCGCGACCGAGGCCUACUCGAAGCGUACCUGGUUUCGCACCUGCGCCUACUCCCGUCGGUCCUCCAGCCUAG